UAAAAAAUAAAAAAGGACUUAAUAAAAUACUAUUUCAAAGAAUAAAAGCAAAUGAAAUUAUACAGCAUAGUAAUAUUAUUUUUAUUUAAUGAAGUUUCAUAUAUUUCUACUAGUGACGGAGACCGAUCUCCUUAUUACCAAAAGUGUGUAAAGAAAUGUUUAGCUGAAACUUGUAAAACAGAUGGUUAUUAUUUUAAAAAUAGCGCACAGCUUAAUUUUUGGAGUAAAUUGCUGUGGAACUGCAGAGAUGAAUGUAGAUAUAACUGCAUGUGGCGCACUGUGCAAAGUUUCCAAGAGAGAGGUUAUUUAAUACCAAAGUUUCAUGGCAAGUGGCCAUUUGUGAGGGUGUAUGGGGUACAAGAACCUGGUUCAGUACUCGCUUCCUUGUUGAACCUGGCCGCCCACAUCUACAUGUAUACCGAGAUCAUGAGAAGGUUCACUAUUAAGGGUACUCCAUUAGUACUCUUUUGGCAUAUUUUUGUUGCUGUGUGUAUAAAUGCUUGGAUUUGGUCAACAAUAUUUCACACAAGAGACACCCAGUUCACUGAGUUUAUGGACUAUGCAUGUGCUUUAUCAAUGGUCAUGGGAUUAUUUGUAGCAGCUGUGGUAAGGGCUUUCCAUCGUCAAAGAAAGUUAGUGUCGGUCAUACUGGUGGCAUCUCUGCUCUUCUAUGCAACCCAUGUGCAGUAUUUAUAUAGGGGCAUUGUCAACUAUGAUUACAACAUGAUGGUUAACUUGGCCUUUGGGGUGGCGGGUUCGCUGGUUUGGUUAUGCUGGGCGGGCGUUCAGAUGUUAGCGGGGCGGAGGCACGCGUGGCGCAUGGGGGCGUUUACUGUCGCGUCGGGCGCCACCCUGGCGCUGGAGCUGAUGGACUUCCCGCCAUUAUUCACCGCCUGGGACGCGCAUGCGCUCUGGCACCUGGCCACGGCGCCCCUGCCGCUGCUGUUCUACAGAUUCGUGAUCGACGAUUUGUACUACUUGCAGUCUACGAAACAUAGUGAUAAAACUAAUUUAAAAUUAACAUAAGCACGCUCUAGUCACUAAGAUGCAUUGUUAUAGUACAAAGAUGAAG